UGAACAAAAGAUACCUUUUAUACGUUUGUUUGUUGUUUUACGCCCCUCUUCAGAAUAGUUCACUCGUAUGGAGACACUUGCCGGUGGAGAGCUGCAAAUUUUGACCAAUACUUAGACCAGUAAAGCAGGGAGAUAUCUUUUUCGUGCCAGCGCCUAUUGAGACGUGGUUCCUCGGUUUAAGCUAAAAUAUAAUGCAUUGAAUAACAGAUAGGAAACUGGGAUUCAUUAUCAGCACAUCAAAAAUGACUGCAAUACUUUUUUUACAUGAAUUGCUAGUAUAAUUUCUUUUCUAAAAAACGAAAAUUCGUCGCUUUGUUAAUCUUAUGUAUGUUAUGGAUACUUUUAGAGAGAAUAAGGAUGCCGAUUUAUGUUGAAUUGCUAUCGUCAGCCUUUGGUUUGAUUUAAUGCAUUGUUGCCAUGGCCCUACCUGGAUUCAUAACGGAAGAGGUUAGCCAAUUUAGCAUUUUUUACGCCAGGGAUUGUGAUCGCCAGGAAACUGACAAAUGCUCGAUAAGGUCUUACGUAGCUUUAGAUGAGAAAUAUAAGCUAAAUGGGGCGCUUCGACUCUCAAUGAUAGAUGUUCAGAUAGAGAGUCUCCUUGCUGUUGAUCUUGGUGGAGUCGGAUGGUCGAUCCUUUUUUUGGAAUACCAAAAGGAAAGCGUCGAUUCCAUCAACGUUCGUGAUUGGGGGAAUUUUUCUACUUGUGGCAGUUACAUCUGAGUUCGCUGUCUUGGUUCGAUUCAUCGCAACAACCGCUUCCAAAAAAGCGGCACAUGGGAAAGACUUUUCUUUUGGAGUUCCAUACUCAUUAAUACUUGUCGGCUUUGGUAUUGUAUUCAUGCUUGUUGUUGUUAUAAGGAGCUUUUACCUCAAUCUCAGACAGAAAGAUACCACGAAGACUAAUCAACGGACGGAAGAUGAACCGAGGAGUUAUAUCACUGAAAACAAAAUCUAAAGCUAAAAGACAUCAUCUUUAAAAUAUAUUGAGAAUUUAAUUUUACUAUAUAAGAAUAUGUCUUUAUGAUACAUUUGGAGUUUUUCCUUUAGGUUAUGAUCAGUUAGACCUAAUUAUAUAAAGUACUAGUAUUUAAAUUGUUUCAAAACUAAAAGCGUCUGUACUAUCAAAUGUUUAGUAUUAUUUAUGAAAACAAUAUUGUACAGGACGACAAUGUAAGUUUGCGUCAUUACGAGCUUGUAAAUAUAAUAUUACAAAUAUGAACAACAGAAUUUGUUUAUAAAUAUUAGUGCUUUUUUCUCUGUCCUUGAAAUAGUUAAUGGCGAUUUUGCAACAGACAUCAAAGUAGUAUCUCAUUUUGCUUUCAUGUUGAUUUAGGCACACAUUGAAAAUGUUAUCGUUUUGAUAUUUAUUUUAAAAAAAUACGAUGACUUACAAUGGGUUUCGAGUUAAAUUUGAUUCAUGUAU